AAGAAGACAAUGAAGAAAAGGGUCAAGAAUUUCAAGCAACCCCAGAGUGACUGAAAAAUCUCCAUCAAGGAUGAGCUAUGAGUGUAGUUAUUAGCAUUAUUAAAGGUAAUGGAUUCGGAGUUUGAAGUAGUUGAGGAGAGAUUGAAGACUUUUUUGGGUCAGCUGCAGACAGAAUUUGGAAUCCUCGAUAGAAUUGUCUACAAAAAUAAGAAUCAGCAUCGAAGGUGCUCUUAUUUUCAAUACCUGCUUAAGGUUAGAAGGGAUUUGAGGCUUCUGCAAUCAGCAAAGUUGGAGGAAAUCUUGAAUUCCUGCUUUAUGGUAAUCCAUGGCAAAAGGCCUAAACAAAAAUUGCAACUUUUGGAAAGUCUGAAGCGGAGAAGGUGUGAUGGUGGCAAAUAUAACUUUUUGGAAAGGCUUCUUGGAGCUGUACGUUUACUAUCAAAGCAACUGUAGGCUGAUAUUGGUGAGACUGAAGCUGAUAAGGUUG